AUGACGGCCGGGGAAGACGUCGCGUUGUCGGCGCCGUCGUUACGGGACCUGUCGGCUGGGGUCCUGUGCACCAAGACCCAAUUACAGGAUGUAGUGCUGAAAAUGCAUCUUCCAUUACCCGUCAGUCAUUCACUGUUCGAUAAAAAGAAAGAAGAAUGGCAGCGCUCGAAAGAACCAGUAGCGGCCGAGGCGUUACGAGCAUGGUGCGACUCGGCACGUUUGCCAUUGUCGCAUCUUGAUCUUACUGGAGCAGAUCUGACAGACACAUUACUAGCUGAUUUACUAGAAGCUCAUCAGAACGGUAUCACCCAGCUGGAUCUUACUAAUGUCAAAGGCAUAUCGGAUGAGACGAACACGCUGUUGGAUCAACGAAAUGUGACAUUUCCGAAUUUGCGAUCACUCAAAAUGACAUCCAUGGAGCUACUGAGUCGGCCACCACCACGCAGGAAGAUCGGUGUAGCCAGUAUGGAUACUCGUAACAUACCGGUGUUAGGCGAAGAAGAUUUAGAAGGAGCUGGUGGUCUGGAUCAAAUGCGAGAGAAUCGAGGUGGCCCAUCACAUCUGAUGCAUUCAAAUCAGCAACCAAUUUUUGAAGGAUGCUCUUCCUCUUUCAAUGGGGGUAUUGGUAUUGCUUCUUUAACUGAGCCCAUAGAAGAAAAAAUUGUCAUAGAAGAAGAACGUGAACCACCAGUGUUCACCUCGAGAUGUCCUAAUGUAACAACGCUAACUCUGCCUAAGGUGCGGAGGUUCCCCGAAGACGAAGAGAAUUCACCAAAUGAUUUGUUGCAUCGCGUCUUUGAACCGUUGAAAGAUUUGAGGGUCCUUGAUUUGUCCUACUGGAAUCGGAUGGAAGACCUUCGAUGUGUGCAGCCUCUGCGUCUGACGACACUGAUAUUAUUUGAUGUACCUGAUUUGUACCGUACCAUUGACAGCAUCAUCACUCUGACGGAACUCAGAUUUCUUGACCUUUCACAAUCAUCACGAGACACGGGUCUGUAUCCGAGGCCAGUGACCGCACUGCACAAGCUGGUCACAAAUUUGAAGCAUCUCACUUGCCUGGACAUUUCCUCUACGAAUUUGGCCGCACAGCCAAGUCCAAGGGAUUGGCCAGUGAAGCCCGAUAUGCAUCAAGGAAAUGUGCGCUCAGAUAUCGUAGGACUACGGUUCCUCAGCAACCACUGGAUUUUAUUGGUCUGUUCAAUUGUGAAAACGCUAGCCAUUUUGGUGAGAUUCCGGCCAAACACAUUUCUGGUGAUGCAAAUGAAGACCAAGUCAUUAUGGCUUUACAAAUGUACAAAGAUCGUGCCGGCUUGCUGCAGUCUGUUUUGA